UGGGUUAUACAAUAUUUUCAAAAGGUAAUGGCAAAUGAGCGAACUUUGUACCAUCAGCUACACUCUUGUAUUGUCGGAAAGCAAAUAAAGCAUUCUUGAUUUUUAUAUGCAUUAUAAACGCCCUCCAACACAAGAUGCCACGGGAUGUUUGAUAUUUCCUUUGCUUUUUCAACGCUCACAAUUCAGAAAGGCUAUAAAUGAACUUUGAAAUUGUCUUGAAUAAAUUGUAGGCCUAUAUAUUAUGCUCUGUUUUUAUUAUUGUUUGCUUCAAAUUAUCAAGACUUGACAAUCGCAGUGGCAAUAGUUCGGCUUAAUAUACCUUGUAACGUGGAAUAGAAGCAGGAAUGGAUCUAUAUGUUUGUCAAGAAAGAGGACUUUGUAAACACUGAAGUCUCGAUCUUGUGAUGACUUUGAUGAAUUUCUUGUUAGCCUAAUUUUUGAACUUGUACAACUUGACGAUAUAGAGAGGUGGGCGCCGAAAUCAAAAUGGCGCGAAAACCCGAUCCAGAUUACUUCAAAUAUCCAAACAUUUUUGUCAUGAUCCUCAUCGCCUUCGGAAUGACUUUGACUGCGAUGUGUGUCUACGUUCCCGAUAAGAUACCCUAUCACUGGUUAGGAAUUCUUGGUGAUCUGGCUUGGUAUUUGGCUUACCAGAGACCUCGAGUCAUCAAAGCCAUAUGGUACAUGGCUGUAUCCAUUCAUGUUUCCGAAGCCAUUUAUGCAUAUUAUCUAGCGGGGAAAAAGGGCAUUAAGGGUCGAGCUCGGAUCCAGUGGUUUAUUUUCACCCUCGGUUUCGGGAUCGGAUCCCUCGGAAACCUCCUCGCAUACGACCCUUGUUCCUCAGGCAAAUCUGUGGACGAGCUCCUCAACGAUUCCUUCCACGGCAAGGAUGUCGAUAAAGAGUCGCUGUCGCAGUUCUUAAGCACCAUCCAAGUGGAGAAGGAAAUCGUCAUCUAACUGGACUGAAUAAAGCACCUUAGGGAUAAGGAGAGAGGGAGAGAGAGAGGC